AUGGCCUUUCUCUGGGUGACCCUUUGCUUCCUCCUCGUGGGCAACAGCUUCGGCUGCGGGGUCCCCUCCACUCACCCUGAGCUGAGCGGCCUGUCCAGGAUCGUCAAUGGAGAGGAUGCUGUCCCCAGCUCCUGGCCCUGGCAGGUGUCCCUGCAGACCAGCGCUGGCUUCCACUUCUGCGGCGGCUCCCUCAUCAGCCAGCACUGGGUGGUCACCGCCGCCCACUGCAGAGUCAGGAAGAAUCAUCACGUAGUGGCCGGGGCAUCUGAUCUGAGCUCCGAUGACGAGGCUGUGCAGGUGCUGAGGAUUGCCGAGGUUUUUCGACACCCUCUGUGGGACCGGCACACAGCCCGCAACGACAUCGCCCUGCUGAAGCUGGCCUCGCCUGCUCAGCUCUCAAACGCUGUGUCUCCCGUCUGCCUGCCUAGUGCCAACGCCAGCUACCCUGAAGGCAACCUCUGCGCCACCACGGGCUGGGGCAGGACCCAGUAUAAUGCCAACAAGACCCCUGACAAGCUGCAGCAGGCGGCCCUGCCCCUCCUGUCCAACACCAACUGCAAGAAGUUCUGGGGCAGCAAGAUCGCUGAUGAGAUGGUCUGUGCCGGGGCCAGCGGCGUCUCCUCUUGCAUGGGCGACUCUGGCGGGCCCUUAGUCUGCCAGAAGGAUGGCGCCUGGACCCUGGUGGGCAUCGUGUCCUGGGGCAGUGGCCAGUGCCUCCCAUUCUCUCCAGGCGUGUACGCCCGAGUCACGGAGUUUAUUCCCUGGGUUCUUGAGGUUCUGGAGGCCAACUGA